AUGGCGGGGGUGCUCAUCGCAUUCUCAGUGCUUGAUUCGACCAGCGGGGUCACUUGGGAGUCGACUGUGGAGAAGAACCCUUGGCUGCUGACUUCCAGCCUCGUGGCCGUGCCUGGCCAACUGAGCAAUCGCCGUGGCGGGGCUGGCCCCGUCGCGCUCAGGGCUGAGAAGUGGGCCAUGGAGAGGAUGUGCGCCGAGCGAAAGGUGGACGCCGUAACUGGUCAACUGGGCCACUUUGUACUCGAGCCAAUGGUGCUCCAGAACGACGACAAGACGGUCAACGCCAGUAUAAUGUCGAAGGUGCCAGCUGGAAAACGACCUGGAUUGGCGUCUUUCAUUUUGUGCCUCUGCACUCUUACCGGGAUAUACACUUCGCGUAAUUACCUGGGCAUCAAUCCCGUGGUGAUGCUGGGAGACAACGCGGUGGCGCCUGUGGAGAUGGCCGCGAAGAUUGACGAGACCGCCAAUUUCUUGGCGCUAAUCCGCGGCGUGGACGGCGCGACGGGUGCUUCGCUGAAGUUGGCCAUCUUGAGCGAAAAGGGUCGCGUCUGGACCGUGGUGGCGGGUGGCGGCGCGUCCGUGGUUUACGUUGUCGCAGUUGCGGACUAUGUCGCGGGGCGGGAGCUCGCGAAUUGCAGCGACUACUCUGGCGCCCCGUCGAUCCGAGAGACCCCUUUGCAUGCGGAGACAUUCUUCUCGCCGGUGUUGAAGUUCGAGCAUCCUGGGGGCAAGAUCCGGAUCAUCGUCGGCGGCGUCGCCAAUGUCGCGGACGUCGCAGCGUCCUUCGUCUCGCGCAGGCGCGGCGGCAUUGCGCGGACGCGCGUCGCGGCCGUCACCCCCGCGGCGCCCGCGUUCGCGGCGGCGCAGGAAGAGCCUGACCUCGGCGCCUCGCGCGGCCCCCUGGUGCGCAAGAUGCUCGGCGUGAAGGACGAGGGGCCUGGCGCGCGGCAGCUGGCGCCGCCGGCGUCGGAGCGCGCCAUUGUGAAGGCCGCAGCCGACGCGACCUUCGUCGUCUACAGUUUGCAAAGCCGAGCCGUCCAGGGCAUGCUCGGCUUCGAUUGCAUGCGCGCGCGUGAGAAGCCUUCUGUCUCCGCAGUGACGUCUCCAGGAAUCGCUUUGAAGUUCGACGGGGGCACCGAGGACUUCAUCGACAAGUGCAAGAAGGGCAACCAGCUCGUCGUGGGCAUUGGGCACCGCGUCAUGUCCCUGGCCAACCCGGACAUGCGCGCGGUCCCCAUCAAAGGGCACGCGAAGAAGCAAUUCAAGUUGCCCCCGAUCCUGGACUUCGCCGGCGGGGGAGCAGAUCACGACGCGGAAGAGUGCGACGAGCUGAUGAGUUUCGGCUGCCUGAACGGACUCUUCGUGCUUGGCCGCCCCAUCGGCUUCAUCGGCCACCGCUUGGACCAGCUGCGCCUGGAGCGGCCGCUGUGCGGGGCGACGUCACGUGCGUCCAGAAGCUCGCCAGCAGCGGUUGA